AUGUUCCUCACUGUUUUGCAUUGUGCACUUGAUCACUGUUUGGCAUUCACGAUGAUCUCGAAUUCACCGAACCGUGGAGAUCUUAUCGAUCCAGCCAGUUGUCACCGAUCCAGGUUGGCCACGCGCAUUUCUCCAUCAUCAUCCAUCGUCCGCACCAUGCUCGCGGUCGUUCCCCGCAUGGUGACCGCGGCCCCGGCCGCGAGUCGCCGCCCCGUCCACACCCGCGCGCUCUUCACCAAGGAGAAGGCCGCCUCCAAGCCCAAGGCCAAGACGGUGAUCAGCACGAAGACCGGCAACAAGAGCAAGAAGCUGUCUCAGGAGGACUCGAUGAAGGAGAUGGGCGGCAUCCUCGCGCAGGCCACCGCGCUCGGCCUCGCCGUGCCCGUGGGCGUCGUCGGCCUCACCGAGGCGGGUAAGCGACUGUCCGGCGGCAGCGACGACGCGGGACUGUACGGCUUCAUCCUCGUCGCCGCGGCGUUCGCGGGAUGGUGGGCGAAGAAGACCGCCGAUCGCGACGCCAUCAAAGCCGACCUCGCCGCCAAGGGACUGGACGUCUCCACCGUGGACAACGUCGCGGUGCUCAAGUGGCUCAAGGCGCAGGACGAGCUCGGCAAGGGGAAGCAGGCGGUGCGGGAGAUCUACAGGGCGUACGAGACGGAGAGCAACCCCUGGUCGCCCUUCUUCAAACCGACGGGCGUCGGCAAAAACGGACCCAAGAAGUAA